AUGCCCACUCCACGCUCGUUACGACGCCAGAACCCCAUCACCUUUGUCCUUGCGGGCAUCCUGUGCAUAGGCUUCUUUAUAUUCUUCUUCUCCAACAAUGACGGUGCAUCGGUAUCGCCAGGCCAGGGAUCUGGCCGCACAUCUUCGAGCGUCUUGUCCCCGCCAUCGCUACCCUUCCGCAAAUCGAAAGCGAACGAGCCGCACUCAGCGCCGCCCGUCGAGCAUUACUUCAUGAACAAUGUCACUCAGACGCGCACACCGGCGGAGAACAAGGAGAAAGUCCUCAUCCUGACACCGCUCGCACGAUUCUAUCAGGAGUACUGGGACAACCUCAACAAGAUCGCCUACCCGCAUGAUCUCAUUUCACUCGGCUUCAUCAUCCCCAAGACCAAGGAGGGCAACCAGGCAUAUGCGGACUUGCAAAAGCAGGUCACCAAGACCCAGGGCGGACCCAAAGCGAAGCGCUUCGCGAGCGUUACCAUCCUCCGACAAGAUACGGAGAACCCUCUGCAAUCUCAGAACGAGGCGGAGAGGCACAAGAUGGAGAACCAGAAGUCCCGUCGGGCAGCCAUGGCAAAGGCACGGAACUCGCUCCUUUUCACCACUCUAGGGCCCACUACUUCCUGGGUCCUUUGGCUAGAUGCCGAUGUCGUCGAGUUCCCUCCAACGCUGAUCCAAGACCUGGCAGACUAUGACGCACCUAUCAUUGCGCCGAACUGCUUCCAGCGCUUUUACGACGAUAAGAAGAAGGCCAUGGAUGUCAGGCCCUACGACUACAACAACUGGAUUGAUAGCCCAACGGCAAAGGAACUUGCCGCGAAGAUGGGCAAGGAUGACAUUCUGUUGGAAGGCUACGCUGAGAUGCCAACUUACCGCAGCUUGAUGGCUAUGAUGUACGACGCUUCCGCCGAUCCUGGCACCAAGAUCAAGCUCGAUGGUGUGGGCGGUGCUGCUCUCCUAGUGAAGGCUGACGUGCACCGUGACGGUGCCAUGUUCCCACCUUUCUCGUUCUACCACCUGAUCGAGACGGAGGGAUUUGCGAAGAUGGCUCGAAGACUGAAUUGGGACAGCUUUGGUCUGCCCAACUACCUUGUAUACCACUAUAACGAGUGA